CUGAAACAGCGCGCCGUAAAAACCGGCCGGUGAAGUUUGUCUCGGAGUUUUUGUUUUGUUUUGUUUUUUUUAAAAAGGAUAUGAGCUGUUCGCUUAAAAGCCUACAACACAAACCGCAUGUAUUAUUAGUCGGUGCCCGCCUCCGUCGUCUCCCUCCUCCACAUGCUUUCUGCUCGAUCUCACCUGUUGACGCCGACACGCAGGUUUUUUUUUUUUUUUUUUUUUUUUCCUGGGAGGGAUUGAAUCAAACCAGGUGAAGAUAAAAACCAGCACAGUGUGGAGGUGACGAAGCUGUGAGCGUCACAGAAAACAACCGCUCAUGUCGAGGCAACUUUACGCGAUCCUGACUUCUGUCUAAAAAUGAAAGCGCUUUAAAAAAAAAAAAAAGAAAAAAGAAAAAGCUGGCUCCCCCUCUCUCUUUCUUUCAUUACGUCCGGCUUGGCCACUAUAUGUUACAAACCGGAGGACCCACAGCUCCUGUAGUCGAGGGUGAAGCUCAUUUUUCCAGAAAUGCCCCAACAUAACAUGGAGAGCUCCAGGAGCCAGUGGCAGCAGGGGCUACGGCCGCCAUGGAUCGCCAGAGUGGCCGGAGGUCAGAGUCCCGCCUCCUCAGGGGCGGAGUCAGAUACAGAGAGCAGCAGCACAGAGAGCGAGAAGUCCUGCAUUAGAAAGGUGGAGGUGGGCUCAUUGAGGGUCCUGCCAUCGGCCUCAAUGCUCCAACAGCGAAUCGCAGAGAUCGACCAACAGAAGGAGGAACUAAAGAUUGAGCUGCAGCUGGAAAUCGCCCUGCUCCAGGGCGAGCUGCAGACGGAGAGGAACCAGCUGCACAGACACACACAGAAGCUGCAGGCUCUACAGCACGAGGCCAGGCAGAAAGAGAAACACAGACACACCGACAGACGAAAGGAGCGAGAGAGUCUGGAGGAGGAGAGACGUAGGGUGGAGGAGCUGAAGAGGAGGUGUGAGGAGAAGGAGAAACUGAUCCCCAGUCAGCCAGAGAGCCAGAGAGCACAGCUAACCCUGCAGCUGCAGCAGGAGAAAGAGGUGAUGGAGGCAGCAGCUCGGGCCUUUGAGGACUGGGAGUUUCGUGUUCUGGAGCGAGAGAGCGGCAUCGAUGAGGAGGACGAGAGAGCGGCGGACAAGGAGAAGGAGGGAGAGAAAGACGGGGCAAUGGAAAAGGAAAUCUCAUGUCAGCAGCGCGUGGUCAGCACAGCGCAGGAGCGAGUCCAGCAGUUGGAGAGAGAGCUGAAGGAGAUGGAGAGGGAGAAGGAGAGGGAGCUGAACGCCUUGAGGAAAGAGAGGAGAGGACUCAUCCACACAAAUCAAACGGUUCACAAAGAAAAGAAGCCGCUCACCGAUUGGUCGAACAUCACCGGCUCUGCCCCCUGCAUGAUGUCACUUUCCCCUCUGACCGUUCACAAGCCCCCUCAGGAGCCAUGCAAAGAAUCUGCCAGUUUGCCCAGAAGACGGAGCUCGCACCGCAACAACAAACUUAACGACAGGCCGCUCUCAGCACAGGGGUUGGUGAGGACGCUUCCAGACAGCCAGACGCCAGAGGCUUUCACUUCCCCGCCUCCCUCCCAUAGACUCAGCAACGGACACAGCAGUGGGCACAGACCUGGGACGAGCAACGGCGGCGGGCUCCUCACUCCGUGCAACAGUACGACAAGCUCUCGAGCUGCCAGCCCGUGCCUGUUGGAUCUUGUGGAGAUUGAGAAGAAACUGAGGGAAGCCAAGGCAGAGAGAGAGAGGCUGCUCAGAGAGAGGGAAGAGCGACGGCGGUUGUUGUUGGAGGAGAGAAGUCAGCGAGAGCUGAACUCUCCCAGAACAGAACCGCUGGAGCCAGAAACUCCACAAAGACCAGAACCAGAUCCAAAGGAGGAACCAAAGGCCAGUUCUCCCCCAAACUCCCCAGAGCAGCGCAGCCUGCCCCUCUUCCUCUCUCCGAACUUUGACCUCCGGGCCCACGUGGAGUCUUUGGGUCAUGGGGUGGUCGGCUGCACAGACCUGCGGCUGACGCCUCGACGCUGCGCGGGCUUCCUGACCAAAAGAGGGGGGAGGGUCAAGACCUGGAAGAAGAGAUGGUUCCUGUUUGACAUGGACCACAGAAGACUAGCCUACUACACAGACUGUGAUGAGAGGAAGCUGAAGGGAGUCAUCUACUUCCAGGCCAUAGAGGAAGUUUACUACGACCAUCUACGAACAGCCGCAUCUUCUCCACGGCCCAGUCUGACGUUCUGCGUGAAGACGUACGACCGUCUCUUCUUUCUAGUGGCUUCCAAUGCAGUGUCCAUGCGGAUUUGGAUGGAUGUCAUCGUCACGGCAACAGACGAGCACAGCCGUUAUUGACCUCUUGCACAUGUGACUGUACGAUGCUUGAGUGAAGCCACUGAGUCCUCCUCCGCCUCCACCCGUCUGAGGGGCUGGUUCGGCUGAGAUCCACCUCAGGGGCUCAACUCUGUACCUGGACUCAUGAACAUGUGGAUAAAGUGCGCGAGAGUCGGAGCUGAUGUGCUGGGACAGAUUUGCUCGAACACAGCGGAGGAAGCUGUUACUGGAUGAGUGAUGCUUCAAGCGGUGGCAGAGGUUUACCGCUGAUCCAGCUGCAAACCGCAAGCAGCUUUACGCACCAGUCUGCACACUGGGCGUCUGUUACUGGGAGGUUUCUCUGUUUGAGCCUGAGCUCCCUCUGCUGGUCACAGUCCGGCAUUACAGGACUGGUGUACACUACUUCAACAGGGAGCGGACACAGUGAUAGCAGCACCUGUUCAGUGUAACGCAAUCCAGCGGAACAGACCAGCAAUAAUAAUGCUUUGUAUCUUCAGGUGUUCCCAUUUAUGUGUCCACUUCCUGUAUCUUUGUUUUCAGUAAACACAGAUUGUACAUUCAAUUUUAUUGAAUUAAUUUAUUAUCUGGAAAUUUAUGAGUUUGUUAUGCAAAUAAGUGAAGGCAUACACUGUUAUGAA